GGAGUGAAUGAGCUCCCUGUGUUGUGCAUCCAACCUCCCUUGCAUGGCAUGCCCCCCCCCCCACCUAUAGACUGGGGGAGCACACACACACUCACACUCAGGACCGAAUGGCUGUGCACGCUCUGACUCCCCCUCAGGCUGCUGGUGAAGCCGCGCUUUCUGACUCGGGCGGCGUUGCCAGUGCUCAGCUGACGCUGUGGCGGAGACACGAGAGCAGAGGAGGAGCCUCUGUUGCUCAGAUCUUCACGCUGAGAAUAGUGAAGACUCAUGAAUUGAAUCGGGUUUACCGAGCGUCUGACUGGCCGAGUGCUCCGCGAUGGGACGCUUCAAGUUCGCCUGGCAGAGGACUUCCUCCACCGUGCCGGACGUAUCACGGCUGCAUUCUUUGAUGUUGAACAUUUGACGGCGUCAUUCUGCCGUAAAGUUGGAAGCAAAAACAAGCGGAAAGUUAUGAAGUCAUCCGAAGUGGAUAUCGAUUCAUAGAAUAGACUCGCAUUCACCCCGAUCUCCAGUUAAUGACUCGGCGUGAGCUCCGUAGCCGGACACGGGUGGACGCAUCCCACGUGUCUGCCUGAGGCUGUCCUCCCAUUUUAUGGAGGCCUCGCAUAGUCACCUGACGACUGGGGAGGAGGCCGGAGGUCAAGAGCGCUGUCAACCAGAGUCUCCUCACAGAGGGCCGCGGCCAAAGUCGCCCCCCCGGCCCCGGCGGCAACAGCUGGCGGGCUCCCCAAAACCCCGUGGCACACUGCAGCAGCCCAAACCGCCCCGAAGGCAGCACCCUGAACGGAAGCGUCUCAGGCAACAGCGGCAGAGCACUGACUCGGACGCAGCGCUCGAACACAACCAUGAGGGGGCGAAAGCGAGCGCAGCUUCCAGUCCGUCAACAGGCUCGCCUUCCUCUGCGGGAGGCCCCGCCCGGAACAGACCGGAAACCCAGGAUGGCGACCCAAAGCCGAAACGCGAGCGCAAGCCUCAGAGGCCCGGCAAAUACGUCUGCACUUACUGCGGCCGCGCGUGUGCCAAGCCGAGUGUCCUACAGAAGCACAUUCGAUCGCAUACGGGGGAAAGACCUUACCCCUGCCCCCCAUGUGGCUUCUCUUUUAAGACCAAAAGUAACCUGUACAAACACCGCAAAUCGCACACGCACAGGGUGAAGGCAGGUCUGGCGCCCGGGGAGCCGAGGACUUUGGAAGAGCAAGUCACCGAGUCGGAAGAUGAAACCAAACAGCUGGUAUCGGCCUCUUCCCUCGCGGGGAGGCAAAGCGGCGCAGCCUCAACCGAGAGUCACGAAGCCGCCGGGAUCAAAGAUUGCGCCGCAGGAAAUGAAGACUCUCGCGCGGUGAAAAAGAGACUGGCGCUGCGUCUGAGUCGAGGACGACACGGUUCUGACGAGAAGACCUCAUCGCUCAUUUUAGGGAGCAAAGGCAGCACAGAAUCAGGCUACUUCUCUCGCUCUGAGAGCACCGAGCAGUCACAGGACAGCCCGCCGAACACAAGUGCCAAAAGCUAUGCAGAAAUCAUCCUCGGCAAGUACGGCCGUCUCGGACACCUGCAGAGAAUGUCCCGGGAACAUAACCAGCAGCCCUCUAGUCAGGAGGACAAAAACUUGGCCUUCACAGUCCCGAAGAAGCAGGUCAUUGAUCACAUCACCAAACUCAUCACCAUCAACGAGGCAGUGGUGGACACCAGUAAAAUUGACAGUGUAAAGCCGAGGAGAUUCUCUCUCUCCAGGAAGAAUAGUUCAGAGUCCCAGAAGGGGUCAUCCGUGAAAGACGCAUUACUUCACAGCCCAAAAGCUGGAGACCUGAGCUAUAAAAGCAGUGGCUCCAUCACCAUGGGAGUUCCAUGUGAAAAAUUUCAGCAUCCACCCUCAAGUGCGGAGCAGCCUGCUGGCCAGACAUCCAACGCCCCUUUGGUUAGAAGUCACUCCAUGCCGUCCGCGGCAAGUUCCUUCGACGCCUCCGGCGGUGGCCUCGGUAAGUUCCGCUUAACUCAGUCCUUCGAGGAACACCAGCCGUCUGAAACGCAGGCGUCCCGCCGUUACCGGAUGCUCAGGCGCCAGCCAGCCAUCGAGAUCCCGCUUGGCGCCGAACUUUCAAGAGAUGCAGAACAGGAGGGUCCUGGCUUACUUCACCCCGACAGCACUACCGCCGUGCCUGACUGCAAGCAAAGCCAACCGCGGCCAUAUGAGUGCGAGGCCUGUGGCACUGGAUGCAACAAUUGGGAAGGCUAUAAGAGACACAAGAAAAGCCCAUGCUUAGCGCAUCGUCCCAAAAACGACGUGGUCAUUAGUCAAACGGGGUGCUCGCAACCAACCAACCACGCAGUCAGAGCGGGAGCUUCAGCGAUGCGCAAGAGAAGGAAAGAAGAGAGUUUAGAAUUGGAUGAUCCCUCUUCUCCUUCAUUGCCUUCUACUGCCCUGUUGUCGGGACAGUGCAAAGACGAAAGCAAUGUGUCUUACGAGGGGUCCAGGAGACCUGCGCUUCAAACCUGUUCGGUGAUCCAACACACUCGUUCCUUUGAGAAGCAGGAAUCUCUUUGCCCCGAUGGUCCCGGCGCGGAGGCACUUCAGGAAGAUUAUCAGAAACAACCCCAACAAUCGGCAAAAACAACGAGUGGAAAGCUGGUCGUCCAACGCGGUGUGCGGGUCCCCGAAAUACUGGUCACAGAGGAUUCCAACAUGAGCGCAUCAACCUCGACGGAGCCAACAUCCACAGUGAAACACCCAGAGAAACCGGAGGAAUUCCAGUGGCCGCAGAGAAGCACCUCCCUGUCCCAGCUCCCUAUCGAAAAGCUUCCUCCAAAGAAGAAGCGCCUACGUCUAGCCGAGGUCGUCCAGUCCUCCGGGGAAUCCAGUUUUGACUCUUCUUCCCUGCCCCACAGCCCCAGCCAGGACAGCAGUGCGUCUUACGCGUCCAGUCGUUCCGCGUCCUUUGAAGAGUCGAACAGACCGGACGCGGAGGCGACGGGGCCGACCCCGCUGAGGAGGUCGAGGGCUCCUCACAUGCUGACGGUGCCCGGGGCGCCCCAGCAAAGAGAAAUGCGGCGCUCCGCGUCGGAGCAGGCGCCCCACGACCCUCAACUGAGUGUCCUCGCGGCUGAGGCCCGCAGUAAGUCCUUUGACUACAGCUGUCUGUCCCCCGAGCGCUCGGCGGUGGGAUGGAGGGAAAGGAGAAAGUGUCUCCUUGUGAGGCACACUGCCAUCAGAGAUCCGGAUGAGGAGGAGGAAGAGGAGAAGCGGUGCACCAUACCGAGCCAAAGUCCCGAACGUGUGAGCUCCACCACAUCUGCUAAGGUCAGCCCAACGUCCGCGUACUGCAGCAGGUGCCCCACCACCCCUUCAUCAGGUGACGCAGUCUUGCGUAAGCCCGGGAGAGAACAAGGCGAAGAGACCUUCUCUCGGUGGAAACUCAGUCAAAGCAUUCAGUUGACGGGCAGCGCGGAACGCGUCGCACGUGUAGACCCCGCAAAUGAGGCCUCACACAUCGACGCCGAGCAGCCGCCUCUCCAGGCGCCGCGACACUAUCCUGCGCACGGGCCGUCGGGGGCAGCCAGGGCUCACUAUCUACCCAUGGCUACAGGGCUGAAGCUGGAGAUUCCCUUACCGCGCGACGAUCCUUCUGAGGUCCGGGUGAAUCCCUCCCACAUCCGGCUCUCGGCCUCCCCUCACAUCACUUCCAGUCUGCAGCUCCUGAGGCCCGUCCCAUCUCCAGCGGUGGCGGUGCGUCUCCAGGCGGACACCCUCAACCUUGCGCGUGCCAUUUACACGUCGUUUUCUCAGUCCACCUCCCCGAGGCCCCGGGAGGCGGUUGAUGCUGUUUCACAAAACGCGGGCCACCCGACAGCUGGAAAGCAACAUAGGAACACCAGCGCAGACCCGCAACUGUGGUCUGACGAUGGCGAGAGGACAUCAGGCUCAGGGGGCAACAAGCGCAUGCUUUCCCCUUCAAACAGUAUGGAGCUCCCCGCCGAGUCACAGCAGCAGCAGAAACGAGUAAAGGAGGAAGCGGAGGGGGAGGCUGGACACGUCGACGGGGCUCCCGCGGACGCUCGCGAUCAGGUACUCGAAAGGGAAAAUCAGACACGUCUACCCAGUGUUUGUUCUUCCACUGCACAUGUUGGCCCAUCAUACCCCGGUCUGCUCUCCAGCACCUGUAAUAGCUGGUGCUAUUUAAACUACAUUAAACCGAAUCCUUGUACUCUGGAUGAACAGAAGCCCUCAGUGUAUUCGUCGUGGUCCACCGGCGGCUACGACCCCAACCCACCUGGCCUCUCGAGCCGGACGGCUCUGUCUCUGCUGCAGUGCAAGCAGAGGCUCGGCCCCUCCAUCUACACCGUAUCCCCCAUGUCAGUCAGGAAGUCUGAGUCAAUGGAGCAAGAGGACACCAAGAGGCCCUGCUCUACUGAGGUUUACAACAGCCACUCGUACCGCAGAGACCCGGAGGGAGCGACGAAGGCGCAGCCGUCAGCGGGCGGCAACGGCUCAGACAGAGAAGAGGAGAGCGAGGAUGAGAGGAAGAACGCGGAGGAGGAAGCGCAGUCGGGCCCCAGAAAUAAACAACCCCCUGAAGUCUGGAGCCCUGAGCGAGGAUCAAAUGAGAAGCGAGCCCUCGCGCACUGCGGCAGCGGCAGCGGAGGAGAGAGGUGCCAAUGUGUGGACUGCCUAUUCGACCUUAAGAGUGCCCCCAGUGUGCUGCAAAAGUGCCCCCGGCGCAUCAGAGAAUCCCCACCGCGCGGCCGCCAACACCGCCACCUUUUUGCCGAGGCCGAAGGGAGCCCCGCUGGACACUCGGGGCCCGAGUCCCGCGGAGGAGGUGCGGGUGAAGGAGGCCGUGAAAAACGUCCCGCAGAUAAACAAAGAGAUCCUCAGUUUUCUGACCUGAGACAUGAUGAGGACGAGCCUGCGAGGGAGAAAGAUGGCCGACCUGAUGAAGACAACAGGGUCAAGGUGGCUGGAAGCUCCCCCGCCGCCUCCCCCGAGCGGGGGGGACCUCCCCCGGGAGGAGGCCGCUCCGACCCGCUUCCCCCCGCGAGCUCGGCCGGCGGCAGGAGGGCCGUGUUCGCGCGCAGGCGCUUGGACGCCUCCGCGUCGGCGUCCCCCGGGGGGCCCCGCCCCCCCCGCUCUCAGCCCGCCAUGCCACGGAGGGAGCCGUCUCCGCCCCGGGGCCCGUCGCCCGGGUCCCCGGCUCACCUCGCCUCCCCGUCCCCGCCCGGUUGCCACGCCAGACCGGUCUCCCCGGUGAGGGUCCGGUCCUGCGGGUCGUCGCCCUCUGGGCCCGCCGGCGCCUCCGCGCGCCUCCUGGCUCCACCCAAAGCCCGUCUCCACCCGAGAGGCCGGUCGGCUGCUGCGAGACCGUCCGCGGAUGAGGAGUCUCCGCCCCAGGCCGCCCCGCCCGCAGCGCGGCCCCGGGGGGGCCACACCCUCCUGAGCCACCUGCCGCUGCACUCCCAGCCGCCCAGCAGGCCGCCGAGCCUCCUCCUUCCCAUCGGGGGGAUCCACGUGAUCCAGCCCAGGUCCACCCUGCCUCUGUACAGCCUGGUGAGCGGCCUCGCCGGGCGACCCCGGCCGCCGGGUGACCCUCCUCCGAAGGGGAGGCUCCCUCCGCCGCCGCCGGGGGUCCCGGAGGUCGUCGCGGAGGUCUGCGGCGAGGAGCCCGCCCGAGGCCACAAAAAGGCUCCCUCCUCCCAGACACAACUCGGAUGAGGAGGGAGAGUCUGAAGGGACGGACCCCAAAAAAAACCAGUAACUGGUUUGGAGGCCCGAGGACGAAAGGCGAGAGCACCGCUUCUGAAUGACGCUGUCAUGUAAUUAUAUGAAUAAUAUAUAAGCACUAUGUUAGAUAUGCAGUAUGUUUUGUAAAUCUUUUUUUACCCUCUUGUUUGAUGUCAUCGGUGUUAAUUUAUUUAUGUGCUAUUAUGCAAAUUCUGUACUAUAUGCAAAAGCAGCUGGAAUGAAAAUAGAUAAAGUUUUAAUCAGUUUCCCUAUUAACCCAUUCGACAGCUCUAAUAUAAUAUUGCUGUGUUAAUGUACUGUAUUACCAAAAUGGAUAGAGAAAGGUACCACAAAUAUUUAUUUACCCCGACCAGUAUUUUGAAGUGCAAUUUUAUGUCGAGAUUGUGGGUUUGAAAUUCUCAUUCUUAACGGCUGUGAUUAUUAUUAUUAUUAUUUGUCCGUAUUUUGUUGUUGUUGUUGUUGUCGUCUUGGUUUUUGUUCAAAGAAGCAGGGUUACGAUCACCUCCUUUUCUAAUGUCUUCAGGAAAAGAGUUUUCAGAUGAAGACAUUCGCAGUGCACUGACAAAUAAUUUGAUACCCAGAGGAAACCUGUUUUGCGUAUAUAUGGUAGCUGCGGUACAGUUUCUUUCAUAAAACAGAUACAUGUAUUUUUGUGUUGUUGCUUUUAUAAAUGAUACAAUCACUCUCUGUCCUUUUCAUGUUUACCAUUAAACUUCUCAUUUUUACAGAUUUAUAUUAAAACUGUUUUACACGCG